UCUAUCUAUCUCUAUUUCCUACUAUGUAGUAUAUAUACAUAGCAGGCAUAUAUACCCCGAACAGACCACCAUACUCCAUCGCAAUUGCUUUUUUUGCGAUCCUCUCUUUUUUACCUUCUACCAUUCUUUUCUUAUCGUCGCUCAUUCUAAUCCAGCGACCCGAAAACGAGCCUGUCCAUUCCAACACAUCGAAGCCUUAGGGAGGCGAACCCCCAGAUAAUUCCUAACGAUGUCGGACACUACGGAGAAACAAGUCAAAGAUGAGGCUGCGGUCAACUCGCAACCGUACCAGACCAAGAGCCAUGACGAGGAGGUCGGUAUCGUCAACAAGAGCGGGCAGCUUCACACCGAUUUGAAGGGUCGCCACAUGCAGAUGAUCGCGAUUGGUGGUGCUAUCGGAGCUGGUCUUUUCAUCGGAUCUGGUAGUGCUCUUUACAAAGGUGGUCCGGCUGCAUUGAUCAUCGGAUACUUCAUUGUCGGUAUCAUGUUACUGUUCACAAUGCAAGCUCUUGCUGAGUUGGCUGUGCUCUACCCUGUUAAUGGUGCCUUCUACACUUACGUCGUCCGAUUCGUCGACCCCUCUUGGGGUUUUGCUAUGGGUUGGGACUAUGCUAUCGCCUGGCUCACGGUUCUUCCGUUCGAAUUGAUCGCUGCUGGCAUUACCAUCGAGUUCUGGAGACCCGAUCUCAAUGUCGCGAUCUGGGUCACCGUCUUCUUGGUAAUCCUAACUCUGAUUCAAGUUUUCGGUGUGCGAGGUUAUGGUGAAGUCGAGUUCAUUCUUAGUAUGAUCAAGAUUGCCGCUUGUACAGGUUUCAUCAUCUUGGGCAUUGUAAUAAACUGUGGAGGAGUCGGCAAUAGGGGUUACAUUGGCGGCAAAUACUGGUACGAGCCGGGCGCAUUCAAGAACGGCUUCAACGGUUUCGCCGGCGUCUUCGUCGUUGCUGCCUUUGCUUUCGGUGGUACCGAGCUGGUUGGUCUCGCCGCAGCCGAGUCGUCAAACCCUAGACAAGCUAUCCCCAAGGCUUCCAAGCAGGUCUUCUUCCGAAUCGCCUUCUUCUAUAUCAUCAACCUCCUCAUCCUCGGUCUCAUCCUACCGUCGGACGAUGCGCGUCUGAAGAACUCGUCCGGCGCCAACUCGAGUUAUUCGCCUUUCGUCUUGGCUAUCCAAGAUGCCGGCAUUGCCGUCCUACCUUCGAUAUUUAAUGCGGUCAUUACCAUCUCGGUCAUUAGCGUCGCCAACUCUUGCACGUUCGGUUCCACACGAACUAUGCAAGCUAUGGCCGAGCGAGGAAUGGCGCCGAAGUUCCUCGCCUACGUUGACAAGGCCGGCCGACCCUUAUGGUGUGUGGUUAUCCAGCUAGCAUUUGGUCUCCUGGGCUAUAUCGGUGUCGCUGCGAAUGGAUUGGAUGUCUUUACCUGGCUCCUCUCGCUUUCGGGUCUAUCAUACUUCUUCGUAUGGGGCUCGUGCUGCUUGGCCCAUAUCCGUUUCCGACUAGCAUGGAAUGCCCAGGGACGCGAUCUGAGGGAGAUCCCGUACCGUACUCCUCUCGGAAUCUGGGGUAGUGCUAUUGGCCUGUUCCUGAACGCCCUCUGCUUGAUCGCUACUUUCUACAACGCUCUCUAUCCCUCACCCAAUGCCACCCCUGAUGCUGCGGACUUCUUCGAACAGUACCUUGCGGCCCCCAUCGUCAUCGCGUUAUACCUAGGCUGGAAGGUUUAUAGUGGCGACUGGCGGAUGUGGGUUAAGCUGAACGAUAUCGACUUGAUGGCCGGUGCCCGCCCAUUAGAGAUUGAUGAUGAUGCCGAGGAGAUCAUGGAAAAGAAGACAUGGAAAAACCUGCCUAUGCGUAUCUUCAGGGCUCUUUUCUGAAUUGUCUACUAAUGCUAGAGAUAACCAAUGUACUUAGGAGUCGUACGAGCACACGGCAAGGGUCGUUUUAACAUGGCAUCGCCGUAAAUAUCAAGAAAAACGCGGCUUUUA